AUGGAGUUCCUCGAAGGACAGACACGGAUUCUGGAUGCUGUAGCAGUCGAUCGUCGCUCGGAGAAUUUACAAUCAUCUUCCUCUGCUACUAAUUCCGGCUUCAAGAAAUCAGUACCCAAGUUUUCUGUGCAUGCAACCACUGAUACUCCUACGAUGCAGUGUCAGCAAUGCAAUGGUCGACAUUAUAUCACAAGCUGUCCUGUAUUUGAGCGGAUGACACUAGAUAAACGGUUCCAAGUAGUCAACUCUAAGAAGCUGUGCAGCAACUGUUUGAGACAAGGUCAUCUGAACCGUGACUGUACAUCGCGUUUCCGUUGCCGCACUUGUAGUAAGAAACACCAUUCUCUUCUACAUCCUGGAAUAGGGGCGUCGGUUUCCACUCCAACUGUUGGUCCACUGACGCAGGCGCCUUCUACGGCUCAGCCACAACCCAGCAAUUCUACACACGUGGUUUCCAUAGACGAUUCAUUACAAACGAUGCAGAGUUCGGUGGCCACUAUUUUCGCUUCCAACGUCGCAACAGAGCAUCGAGAGUUCCAUGUAUUUCUUUCAACGGUUCUGGUGUCAGUGAAGGACUGCAAUGGGCGUUCACAUCUAGCUAGGGCGCUUCUGGAUAGCGGGUCACAGGCGAAUAUUAUCUCGGAUCGUCUGUGUCAGAUUCUAAAGUUACAUAGGAAGGGAGUUAACGUACCGAUCUCUGGGAUUGGCAGUUCCACUUUCCGAGUUUCACACUCCGUUACGACGACGGUUUCAUCUCGAAUUAGCGAUUAUUCCAUACCGAUGGAAUUCCUAGUAAUGAAGAAAGUGACUGAGGACCAACCAUCAGCGACUAUCCUCAUCGGAGACUGGAAUCUCCCAACCGACUUCCAGUUGGCUGACCCAGGCUUCAAUAAACGUGGCACGAUCGACCUUCUUCUCGGAUUGGAACACUUCUACGAGUUCCUCCUGCUCAAUGGUGGCCGGGUUCAAAUCCAGCGUAUAGGCAACGGGCUUCCAUUGCUCGUCAACACAGUAUUCGGUUGGGUUGUAGCAGGAAAGGUGAACCUAGGUCAAAUGAAUCCAAUUCCUAGUUGUCAUGUGGUAGUUGGCAACUCGUUGGAGCAGAAGAUCGAGCGGUUUUGGACGAUCGAUGAAAUUCAGGACGCUCCACGGUUCUCACAGGAAGAGAUCGAUUGCGAAAACCAUUACAGAGUCAUGUUCUCACGCGAUACUGAAGGACGAUAUGUGGUUCGGCUUCCGAAACGAGUGGGCUUCGACAAGAUGAUCGGAGACUCAAGGGAAAUGGCGUUACGGCGAUUUGUUCAGCUAGAGAGGCGUUUCAAGCGGGAUGAAGCACUGCGUGAGCGGUACAGUGACUCAAUACGAGAGUAUUUGAACAACGGGCACAUGGCAUUAGUCGAAGAGGCGGAGGAAAGGUCCAAAGAGCUGCUCGUGUGUUACUUACCACACCAUCCGGUCGUCAAGGAGUCGAGCACGACUACAAAGAUUCGGCCGGUGUUCGAUGGAUCAGCCAAGACGACCAAUAAUUAUUCCCUCAACGACGGACUGAUGACGGGACCAGUUAUCCAGGAUCAACUAAUCGAUCUGAUCCUGCGUUUCCGCAAGCACAAGGUGGCGUUAGUCGCGGACAUCGAGAAGAUGUACCUACAGGUGAAGGUACAUUCGGACGACUGUCAAUUCCAGCGCAUUCUGUGGCGCUUCUCCCCAUCCGGUCCGAUCAGGACGUACGAACUACAGCGGGCAACAUUUGGUUUGGCACCGUCUUCUUUUCUCGCCACUAGAUCACUUCAUCAGUUGGCGGAAGACGAAGGUGCUGUGUUUGCACGAGCGAAAGCAGCGCUCGUGAAUGAUUUCUAUGUAGACGAUUACAUCGGUGGUGCUGAUUCUGAGGAAGAAGCAAUUUUGUUGAGGCAGGAGCUUGAGCAGCUGUUACCAAAAGGUGGUUUUCGGUUGCGCAAAUGGAAUUCCAGUAUGAAAGGCGUGCUGGAAGGAGUGUCUGCAGAGGACUUGGGAACGCAAACAACGUUGACGUUCAACAAAGAAGAGCAGGUGAAGACGCUAGGGGUCACUUGGGAACCGGGGCCGGAUGUACUUGGCAUCGACGUAUCGACUUCCAGCAUAAUCGGUUGCUGGACUAGGCGGCAGGUGUAUUCGGUCAUUGCACGACUUUUCGACCCACUCGGUCUCAUAGGUCCAGUUAUAGCGUGGGCCAAGAUUCGAAUGCAACAGCUCUGGGUGGCCACACAAGACUGGGAUGAGCCACUAUCACAAGAACUGGCGGAACGGUGGACACAGUUCUACGAACAACUUCCAUUCCUCUCUGAAGUGAGGGUGAAUCGCUUCGCUUUCUGUUCACAGCCACAUCUGGUGCAAUUUCACAUUUUCUCGGAUGCAUCGGAGGCGGCAUAUGGCGCGUGUGUUUAUGCUCGGACGAUUAGCCAAACGGGGCAAAUCAAGGUGGAGUUGUUGUCGUCGAAAUCACGUCCCGCGCCGCUGAAAAGGGUCAGCGUCGCAAGGUUGGAACUUUGCGGAGCGUUGCUGGCAGCCAAACUCUACCAAAAGGUUCGACAUGCGCUAAAGAUGGAAGAAACGGAAGCAUGGUUUUGGUCCGACUCGACUGUCGUCCUUUGCUGGUUGCGAUCACCAUCCUAUGUCUGGCCGACGUACGUUGCGAACCGUGUCUCACAGAUCCAGGAAUGGACGAAAGGACAUCGAUGGAAUCACGUCAAGGGGACGGAGAACCCUGCCGAUCUCGUGUCACGAGGAGUCUUGCCGAAGGACUUUGUCAGCCUUCAACACUGGUUUCACGGUCCUGCCUGGUUGUCGCUGCCGGACCAACUCUGGAACAAUCCCACACGGUUUGAGGAUCCGCCGGAAGACCAAUUAGAACGGAAGCGGAUCGUUUUCACCACCCUAACACUUCUGGAACCACAUCCACUACUGGACCGUAUCUCCUCGUACUCGAAGUUGCUUCGGGUAACAGCUCUCUGCUUUCGCUUCGCACGGAAAUGCCAACGUCGUCACAAGGAAAUUCCCGACACCCAACACAUCAGUGUCGCAGAGCUGCAAGUCGCAAAACAAGCUAUGGUCCGUCAGGUGCAGCAGAACGCGUUCGCCACAGAAAUUAAGGAGCUAUCCAAUCAUCGUGUCGUCCCCGUCCGCUCACCGUUGAAACACGGUGGCCCACGAAUGACGCUCGCACAAGUCCGCCAGGAAUAUUGGCCCCUGAAUGGCAUGUCUCUGGCAAACUAUAUUUACCGGAAUUGUAUACGUUGUUUCCGAAGCAACCCUGCCUCAGUAACCCAACCUCCCGGACAGCUUCCUCGUCCUCGAACCCUUCCAGCUCGACCUUUUUCCACUACUGGGGUAGAUUACUGUGGUCCAAUCUACCUCAAACCCGUUCACCGGAAAGCUGCAGCGCAGAAGGCCUACAUCGCUGUUUUCGUGUGCUUCUGCACCAAAGUAGUUCACUUGGAGCUAGUGGGCGAUUUGUCGUCAGCCAAAUUCAUCGCCGCACUGCGUCGUUUCGUUGGAAAACGAGGGGUUCCUGCCGAUAUCCACUCGGACAACGGCCUCAACUUCAAGGGGGCUAACAACGAACUCCGAGCGCUCUACGAACUUCUCAACGAUUCCGCAAGUGCAACAACCAUAAGCAACGAAGCCGCUCGGAAUGGAAUCGUGUGGAAAUUCAUUCCACCGAGAGCUCCAAACUUCGGUGGUCUUUGGGAAGCCGCUGUCAAAUCCGCUAAGUCAUCAUUGGUGAAACUUCUUGGACAACGUCGGCUAUCUUUCGAGGACAUGACCACCGUUCUUGUUCAGGUUGAAGCGGCAAUGAACUCUCGCCCACUGACACCCCUCUCCGAGGACCCGCACGAACUGGAUGUUCUGACUCCGGGUCAUUUUCUCACCGGAUCUUCGCUGCUGACGAUUCCAGAUCCGGAUUACACAGAUGUUCCAACAAAUAGGCUUGAACACUAUCGGCAGCUGCAACAGCUCGUCCAGCAGCACUGGAAGCGUUUGCGAAGGGAAUACAUCUCACAACUACGUCAACCAGCGUGCUGCCCCACCGAUCGAGCUGAAGGUCGGACAAAUGGUCAUCCUAAAGGAGGACGACAAGGCACCGAUCUCUUGGCCUCUCGGUCGUAUCACGGAAGUCUACCCUGGCCCGGAUGGAGUGACCAGAGUAGUUACCCUGAGGACAUCGCAAGGGAUAUACAAGAGGCCGUCCACUCGUGUUUGCCUGCUGCCUUUCGAGAAGGACUCGAGUGGGCAAUCAUUGUCACCAAGUCGAACUCCGAGGGUCGUGACGUCGCCUACCCCCAGCAAUGA